AUGGACGAUUAUAUGUUCCGCGAGCAUGUCAGCCAGUGCCGCCAAGUCUCGGAGGCGACACACUAUGUCGAGAUCCUCAACUAUUCGGAUCCGUUCUACGAUUCGUCCGAGGAGCAUCCCCUCACCAUGGACGAGUUUGAUAACUUUCUCUAUCGGCGGGGCGCGUUUGAGCCUCCAAAGGUCAAAGAGGGAGUGAAGCUGCUUAGUGGCAUUCGAUUAGUGCUUCAGAAGAAUGCCCAGCACAAGGACACCUUCACGCCUCACACGAUCUCAUUUACAGCCGAUGCGUAUGAGUCUAUGGUCCGAGCUAUGCGGCUGCCAUUCAGGGCCAUUGAGGGCACCAGUGUCGUUGGCCCUUUCUUCUGGUCCGCCUAUGACCAGGACGAUGAAGACCCAACUCUACAAAUCAUCUUCCGCAAAUCUGAUGUGCGAAAGAAGGGCAAGACGCGCGGGUGGGAAAUCAUGCUUUCUCAUCGUUUCAGCACAGGCAUCACAUCGGGCUUCGUUAAGGGCACGCCGAGCUCUGACAUUGUCGCUGCGAUCCGCCAAUUGACGUUCUGCGCGAAGCAGGUAGGGCACCCGAUGCUACUGCCUGUCAUCAUUCUCUCGCACGACUUGUCAUCGCGAAAUGACCAAAAACAGCGCGACGCUCGGGACUGGCUGCGCAGAUUGGAGCACGCUGUGAGCAUGCGCAACGAGAUCGAGGAUGAGGAGGGCUAUGUUAGCAAGGACGGAUAUCUAGAGGUCGACGCCAUCAGCCGCGACCUCGUCGAGUGCCACAGUCAGGUUCUAUGGAAACGGCCGCAGGCGUACCAAGAGGUGGUCAAGGAGCUCGAAGCUGCCAUGGCGCUAUUCAAACACAAGGCCCCCCAAGACAAGUUUACAUUGGAACUGCAUAAACUGCACCGGAGCAUGAAUGCCCGAUUGGACUUUUACAGGAUUAAGCUCAAGGGAAUCGAGAAUUAUCAGGCGACGACGUUGGAAAGGCUUCAUAUCCAGCGAAGCGCGUUGUACAACUUACUUUCCCAGAGAGAGUCAAAGAUUCAAUUUCAAAUGGCCGGUGAGCAGAGAAGACUUGCGCAUGCAAGCAAGAGGGAUAGCACAGCGAUGAAGACGAUCUCGCUACUUGGUGCUCUGUUUUUGCCCGGGACUUUCCUGGCAUCCGUUUUCAGCAUGACGUUUUUCGAUUUCGGAAGAGACGCCGACCCCGUCAUCUCGACAUCACUCUGGGUAUACUUUGCUAUCACGAUACCCUUGACCGUCAUCAUUGUUGUCGGAUGGAUUUGGUUCGAUAGGCGGCGCGAGGGGAAAUUUGCGGUCGAGGAUGCGGACCUAGAGAAGAAUAUCGAGCACAUGGAGGCCGACAUUAUGGCCAUGAUGAGAAAGCGGACGAUGAGCAAAGCCAACACCUGGACGAAGACGCAGUAA